AUGAGAUCAAGUCUGUUCAGAAUCGUUGCUUGUUUCCUGCCCACGGCCGCUCGAGCCCUAGGGCCUCGAGCUCCGGAUGCCUCAGGCCAAAGGGUUUGCACUGUUACUGCCAGGGGUCAACAGCAUGAUGACGUGCCUCAAAUCGUGCAGGCCUUCGAAGACUGUGGAUAUGGGGGGACGAUUGUGUUCCCAGAAGACCAAACGUACUGGAUAGCCACCAAGCUCAAUCCCGCCGUCCAUAACGUCACAAUAGAAUGGCGCGGUAUCUGGCAAUUCUCCGACGACCUCGACUAUUGGCGGAACAACUCGUACCCGAUUGCCUUCCAGAAUCACCAAGCCGGCUUCAUUCUGACGGGAGAUGGCAUCCACAUUGACGGCUUUGGAACAGGCGGCAUCCACGGAAAUGGCGAUGUCUGGUAUACGGCCGAAGCUGGACAUACGCUGCCCGGACGGCCGAUGCCUUUCGUGCUGUGGAAUGUGUCGGAUGUUACCGUCAGCCGGUUCUCGAUUGAGCAGCCUCAGCUGUGGGCGUUCAACAUCAUGAACGGCACAAACAUCUGGGUUGAUCAACUGUAUUGCAAUGCCACUGCGACCAAAGCACCCUGGGGUUCGAACUGGGUGCAGAACACAGACGGGUUCGACACCAUGGACGUGAAGAACGUGUAUUUGUCGAAUUUGGUGUACCAAGGCGGAGAUGACUGCAUCGCGAUAAAGCCGCGGAGCUAUGAUGUCAGCGUGUACAAUGUGACAUGUCGAGGCGGCAACGGCAUCGCCAUCGGCAGUCUCGGUCAGUAUCUGGAAGAUUCGUCAGUGGAGAACGUGGUUGUGGACAAUGUCACGAUCAUCCGGUACAAUGAAGACAUGAAGAAUGGCGCGUAUAUCAAAACCUGGAUUGGGGAGCAGGCGCCUCAGUCCAACUAUGAGAGCGCAGGACUCCCGAACGGCAGCGGAUGGGGCAAUGUGAGAAACAUCCUGUUCAGCAACUUCAACAUCCAAGGAGCAGAUCUGGCGACGGCCAUCUCACAGAGCAACAGCAACCCCAAGACCGGCACCUUCUCAGGGACUUCUAAUAUGCUGGUAUCGAAUGUGGCCUUUGUGAACUUCACCGGAUCCACCAACAUAACAGCGGCGAAGUCGGCGCGCGUCAACUCCAUCUCAUGCACGCAGAGGCACCCCUGCUACAAUAUUGACUAUCAGAACUUCAUGGUCGCGCCAAUGGCGAAUGCUUCGGCUCUUGGGUUGACUACGUGUGAGUACAUCGAUGAGGGUGGCGUCCACGGCGAGGAUUGUACGUCGUGUUGA